GAAGCUUCCAGUGCCACCAGUUUCUGUUGAGCUCUCUGAUUCCCGACAAGGGGACGUCAAGUCACAAUGUUCAAGAAAGACAUCCCACCAUCAGGCAAAUCAAAAGUCAAAUCCUCCGUCCAACGGACCCUCCGCCAGAAAUUCGUCGAGACAUAUCCCGGUUUCGAGCCGUAUAUCGAUGAGAUACUUCCAAAGAAGUCACAGUUGGAUGUUGUGAAGCUACCAGAUAAAUCAACCCUCUACACCGUCGACUCCCAACCUCUCUUCGUCCAACCAUCCAACCCCGCCAUCCCAGUCCCUCUAAUCCCGCACUUGAAGCUCGUUCACGCCUUCCCCUCUGCACUGCCUACCGUCCAGAUCGACAGGGGUGCUAUCCGGUUCGUUCUCUCCGGUGCGGCGCUGAUGGCGCCCGGUCUCACCUCUCCCGGUGGGUGGUUGCCAGAUGCAGAGCAUAAAUUGGAGAAGGACCAGCUGGUCGCUGUUAAGGCGGAGGGGAAGGAGGAGGUUUGUUUAGUAGGGGUUUUGAAGAUGGACACGGAAGAGAUUAAAAGUAAGGCUAAGGGGGUGGUGAUCGAUGAAGGACAUUAUUUGGGGGAUGGGUUGUGGAAGAUGAGGGUUUCGGAUUAAUUAAGAUUGUUGUUUUGUUGCUUUUUUCUCCUUUGGAUGGUUUAUAUGAAAAUGAGAUGAAAUCUUUAUGAUAGAUUAUGGUGGACAUAUAUUAUUCUCAAUUGCAAGCAUCCGUUGGAAAUGCGAGCUUACAUUGAACGAUACGCUUGAUU